GGGUGGUUGUGUGCUUUAUUUGUAUGCAUCAGAUCCGAUCACGAACAUCAAAAGUAUAUGGCACCUGUGACAUAAUAUAUUGUGAUAGAGACCCUGCAGUGUGCGCCGUUCGGAAACGCGCCGCACCAAUUACUUCCAAAACUUGGAUCUGCUAGCGAUAGACAGGUCUUCUUGUCUGUGUGUUCGAAACUCCAACUUCUGUCUUUCCUUUUCACGUCCAUUUCCUGCGCUGUUUUGCAAUCGAAACCAUGGCCGUCCACUGGGGAGGGAUAGCGGGGAUGGUCUUCUUCUAUCUGCUCAUCUUAGCCGUGGGUAUCUGGGCCUCAAGGAAGACACGGGGUGCCAGUAACACCGAGCGGGUCAUGGUGGGCAACCGGGACUUCGGCUGGGGUGUAGGUCUCUUCACGCUGAUUGCCACCUGGGUGGGAGGAGGCUACAUCAAUGGAACAGCGGAAGUCGUGUUUACACCAGGGUGGGGUCUCGUGUGGGCUCAGGCACCGUGGGGAUACAGUCUCAGUUUCUUCGUAAAUGGCUCUUUCUUUGCUAAACAGAUGCGAGCAGCGAAGUACGUGACGAUGCUUGAUCCGUUCCAAGAGAAGUUUGGAAAUCGUAUGGGAGGGAUCAUCUUUUUAUCAGCGAUCACGGGGGAGUUGCUCUGGUGUGCCGCCAUAUUAGCUGCUUUAGGAUCAACGAUCAGUGUCAUACUGGAGUUGGAUCAAAACCUAUCCGUCAUCCUAUCAGCCUGUAUCGCCGCGUCUUAUACCCUCUUCGGUGGGCUCUUCUCCGUUGCAUACACAGACGUAGUUCAACUAGCUUGCAUCUUUGUUGGUUUGUGGUUUUGUGUACCUUUCGCUCUCACCCACGAAGCAGUAACGCCGUUACCACAGACGUUAGACCGCUGGGUUGGAGAGUGGGACAACAGACUCAUGGGAGUAUGGAUCGACAACUGUUUCUUACUGAUCUUCGGUGGGGUGCCCUGGCAAGCUUACUACCAGCGGAUCCUGUCGGCCAGGACCCCCGACCUCGCCCGUAACCUCUCCUAUGCAGCAGCGUUUGGAUGUCUUGUUCUUAGUAUACCUGCAUACCUCAUGGGAGCCGUUGGGGCCAGUACAGACUGGUCACAGACAGGCAUCAACCUCAAUAAAACAGACCCUUACGAGACACCCGGCAUCGUUCUUCCCGCCGUCAUCCAGUACCUCACCCCUCCCGUCGUCGCUUUCCUCGGCCUGGGGGCCAUCUCCGCCGCAGUGAUGUCAUCGACCGACUCGUCCGUGCUCGCCGCCAGCUCAAUGUUCGUGAGAAACAUCUACAAGAAUAUCUUCAGGCCGUCGGCCUCUGAGCGGGAAAUGAUGUGGAUACUCCGUGUUGCUGUAAUCGUUGUCGCAACUAUUGCCACCGUCAUGGCGCUGACUGUCGAGUCCAUCUAUGUCCUCUUCGUCCUCUGUUCCGAUUUCGUCUACGUCGUGCUUUUCCCGCAGUUCGUGUGCGUCAUCCACAUCAAGAAAUCCAACACCUAUGGCUCGGCCGCCGCGUUCGCACUCGGCCUUCUGCUGCGGUUGCUUGGCGGCGAACCCGCUCUCAAUCUCCCCGCCGCCAUCCACUACCCGUUCUACGACGAGGAGCUUGGUCAGCUGUUCCCUUAUCGCACCUUCUGUGCCAUUGUGUCCUUCGUUACUCUGGUCGCUGUCUCCUAUGCUACGGACAUCGUUUUCACAAGAGGUUAUAUUCCUAGGAGGUUCGACGUCUUCAGAUGCGUGGUCAACAAGGAUCAGAUGGCUUAUGUUCGACCGGGUCAAGAGGUCAAUAGUCAUGAGGCCAAUGGUCACGAGAUGCACAAUUUCGACGCCAUCGAUGGCAAAACUACUUGACAAGAUUUAGAGGCAAACCCAUUGUCUUUAUCCAAGCCAAUCAUUAUCCCUUGCUUCGAUGUAACGUUAUUUAGUCCCCCUAAACACUAUUUAGGUUGUUUUGUUGGUUAUUGAUUCUUUGGGGAGUUAGUUGCCCAUUUUUUACUGCAGGAUAUUGGCUGAACUUUAUAUUUUACUUGUAUACUCUCACGACUAGUCCUUUCGAGUUCUAAUUUGCUCCCAAUGAGUAGCCCAUGGUUAAAUAUAGCCGCUAUGUAUAACCGCUUCGGGAAUGUUUUCGGGAAGCACUAAUAAAUCACAACUGGCUACGAGGUACUCUACCAAACUUUGAUUAUAUUUCUAAAGAUUAUUUUCAUUCUAAUUCUUCAAAAUAAGUUUGAAUUCCACACUUACCGUUAAAGCGUAAUAAAAAGUAAACGGUGGAAUUUGACUGACGAAAUCUUAAAAAAGUGUGAUUAAAGCUAAUCUUGUGCUCUGAUAUGGGAAUCGUAUUUUGAGAGUAAAUUGCUAUGAUUUAUUCUGGAUUGUUUAUCCUGAAGUAGAUCGGUUGUUUUAACCAGUGAAAUAAAAACAUACGCACAUAAACUUGGGCAUCAACUCCGAUAAAACCACAACUGUCAUUAUGACUUGUGUUAAGCAAUACGUAACCGGAUUUCUUUAUAUUUCUAUGCUCAUUACUCAGCCUCUAUACGUUUUCUACCAAAAUUGUU